AUGCAGGGGUCGCAUUUGGUUGGCGAUGUCUCUAACCUCUCUCGCUCCUUUUGGGUAGCUUUGCUUAUAGAGUUCAGGUCCGGGCAAAACAAGUACAUCUUAAAGGACAUAACUCGCGAUAUCUACGACAAGUUCACUGAGGAGAUACAACCGCGAUUGUGUAUAACAAAUCAUAUACGGCUGCCAUGUGACAGUAUAUCAGGUCAGCGAGUCUUUGUCUACAAGUAUAUGACGGACGACUUCCUGAGCCUGGUGAAGAGAGGCAUAUCGACUCGAGCUCGCAAGCAGAUUCUGAAAUCUUGCUUGCUAGGUAUCGCUGAAAUUCAUGAGCAGCAGGUCGUGCACCUUGACAGUAAGCUGGACAAUAUCAUGGUCGAUUGCCGUGAUAGAGAAGAAGAGACCGUAGUCGAGAAGGUCCUACUUACCGAUCCCGAGAAUGCCGCUUACCUGCCGAAAGGUAGGUGCAUAAAAGGUAUGCUCGCUGGAAACGACAACUGGCGCAGUCCGGAAGCACACUUCAGGGGAGAACUCAACAAGCCAACAGACAUGUUUGCUUUUGGGAUUGUAUGUCUCUAUGCGGUGUUGGGACGUGCUAUCUUUGGCAUCGAUGACGAUUUCCGCUUCCAUGAAUCGCAAGGUGCAUUGCCCGCUAUGAUGCGUCUUCAGCGUCAAGUUUCAUACUUUGGCAACAAUGAAGGCAUUAAUGGACUGCUGAAACAUAUUGGCGAUGACGAGGUUAAUUGCCAAGUUCUGCGGAUGCUGUGGGAUGAAAGAUCAGAAGAAUACACACCAUACAAGCCAUUCUCACAGUGGGAGGACCAUACGGAACCGAAAUUCAGGGAUUUUAUCGGGCAGCUGAUGAAUCUGGACCCUGCCAAGCGACUAACUGCCCGUGAAGUCUUGGAACAUCCAUGGUUUUCAGAUUUUUAG